GAUGACGAUCAUUUCACAUUAUUUUCAGGGUGUUGCUGAGCCAAGAUGAAGGUCAUUGCUCUCCUCACACUUUGUGUGACCCUGGUCUGCCAGGGAUACAGUAACUCUUUAGACUCGUGUCAGGGUCGCUGUGGUUACGGGACAAACAAUAAUUUCUCCUGCCAGUGUAACUCAGCCUGUGAGCGUUACAGUGACUGUUGUUCAGACUACGCUGAAUUAUGUAAAGCUGGAGCCAUGUCUUGUAACGGCAGAUGUGAUGAGAAAUACAACUCCCAGAACAAGUGCCACUGCAACUCCAAGUGCACCCAGUACAAAAACUGCUGCAGUGACUACACAGACCUCUGUGAUGGUGAUAGUGGGGAUGGCAGCAGUGUGAUCACUGACGCUGACAUCAAGGCCAUCUCUGAGGUGCUUUAUGCUCUGGACUCGAACAAGGCCUCAGCCUCAGAGUUGAUCAUUGACCCUCAGGCUUUGGUGCAUGACUCUGAGACAAGCUCACAGACAGAUCGGUCCCCCAGGCCCUUGUUCCGCUUCCUGGAUGAGGAUGCUCUCUUCUCUAGACCUACAUAUGCUGCCUUCCUGGCUGUGCUGGACAACUACAAGAGGAUGACUGGACAGGCAGAGGACUUCAAUCCUCAGCAGCUCGCUGAGCAGGAGACUUUUAUCAAGGAGGCCAUGUCCAACACUGAGCUGGGGAGGGAGCUGUUUGCCUUCCUUUACACAAAAGGUGUCUAUGCAUCGGAGGAAGAGUUCACUCAUGAUCUGGAGAUGAUGUGGUUCGGUCUGUACUCCCGCUACAACAACAAAAUGGAUUCCAGUGGCUUUGAACACAUCUUUGCAGGAGAGAUCAAGGGGGGAAAGGUAUCUGGCUUUCACAACUGGAUCCAGUUUUAUCUUCUUGAAAAAAGAGGAGAGCUUAACUACUACAGCCACAGCUUCAAUGGGCCUUGGACAAACUACCCUGAUGUGAUGGGGAUGCAGUUCAAAUGGGAUGGCUACUAUAAGCAGGUCGGAUCUGCAGUGAUGGGCUGCAGCCCUGAGUUUGACUUUGCACUGUAUAGCCUGUGUUACAUCACUCGUCCUGGAAAACAGUGUCGUCUUAGCCUGGGAGGAAAGGAGCUCAUCAUCCAAACCUAUACCUGGGAGAAAACCUUCUAUGGUGAUGGAAAGAAGUUCAUCGGUUCUGCUUUUCCUGCAACUCCCAGGAACUGAGACUGUUAAACAAUAAGCAACUUAAAGAGUCAUUCAAAAACUGAUAAUAUAAAUGUUUUUAAAAAAAAAAAAAAUUCCCUAUAGAGGAAACAAUCUCAGCGAGAGUUGUUGAA